AUGGCUUCUACUCCAACACAUAGCAAUGGCCAUGCCCAAGUACCCCCACACGAGACACACACUCCCUAUAGUUCGACUGAGCUUUUCCGGCCAGUAGUUGCUCGUCGGAGUCCUUCCUUUUCUACAUCGCCGCCGCCGCCACCACAUUUAUCAUGUGAUUCAUUAAAAUUCUUAGGAGUUCCAUUUUCUUGGGAAAAACAUCCUGGAAUUCCCAAACAACAAAGUUCAAAGAAUGAGAAAUCCUCAAGAAAUUUCCUCCCACUGCCUCCGCCUGCAAAAUCAAAUCCCUCCAAGAAACACAUUCAAGAAGAGAUUUCUCCCAAUAAAAUGGACCCCUUUUUUGCUGCAUUUUUGGAAUGCUCAAAAAACGACGACGAUGGAAACAUUUGGAAGGGAUCCAAGAUUACAAGAAGUUUAAGUGCUAGAUUUGGAUUCAUAAACAUGUACACUUCUUGCAAAAGAAGUUGUGCAGUUUCAGAAUCAGCUGUUUAUCUUCCAAGAUCAAGCUCACAUUAUCUUGUUGCUCGUCGUUCGAGCUAA